AUGUUUCCAGUUACAAUUAACUAUUCAUAUUUCUUCUUAUGUUUUAUUAUAAGAAAUUCAUUCAACACUAUUGCUACAACUUUUUCAACAGAUAAUACUCAUCAUUUUACUUUGCCAUGUGCCUCUUCUUCUAAUCAUUCCGAUAAAUCAACAACAUUUUCUUCAACAACUACUCAAAUGACAAAUGGAUUCAUUUCGUUUGCUAAUACAACAGAUGGAAACCCUUUUACACAACAACCUAGUACAAAAACAUAA